AUGAGUAUCGACAUCAGCAAAAGUGCCAUACCCUUAUUUCAAUCCCGGGAACGACUUGAACUUCUCAAUGACAUCGACAAGUUCCGCCAACAUGGCCUCGCUAAUCUUCCUCAGAUCGUCGUAUGUGGAGACACAAGUAGCGGCAAAUCGUCUGUCCUUGGAGCACUGUCCGGAAUUCCAUUUCCCAUCGACAGCACCGUAUGCACAAGAUUUGCCACGGAGAUUGCCCUGCGAUACUCCCCAGACAAAACCAUUACCGGGGAGGCUUUUAUCAGUCCUGGAUCGGGGUCGUCUGAAGGUCACCGAGCUCGGGUCAAAUCAUUUCAGCGAGCUAUCACAAGCCUUGAGGCGAUCCCCGACAUUAUGCAAGAUGCUAAGACGGUCAUGGGGAUAGGUGAAGCCGCAGGGAUCAGCCGAGAUGUCUUGCACUUGAGACUUCAUGGACAGCCGUUGCCCAAUCUCACCCUAGUAGAUCUCCCUGGUCUCAUACACGCAUCCAAGAAUACGGAUGAUAUUGCGAAGGUCCAAGAGCUGGUCGAACAUUAUUUCAAGCAGGAAGAAAGCCUUAUUUUGACAAUCGUCUCUGCCGAAAACCCUAUCGACAACCAAGGUAUCCUCACUUCUUCUCAACGGUUCGAUCCUGCCGGGGCCCGCAGCAUUGGGGUUAUCACCAAGCCGGAUCUACUCCAUCGCCCGGAUAAAGCCAGACUGAUGCCCACAAUCUUGGAACUCGCAAGGAAUCAGCACAGUGCAUUCAAGUUCAAACGCCCUUGGCAAAUCAUCAGAUGCUUGACCGAUGACGAGCGCCAAAAAGGGGCUGACGGAGCUGCGAUCGAGACUGAGUUGUUUUGUAGGGACCCGUGGAAUGGAUUCUCUCGAGACCGACUUGGAACAAGAUCUUUACGAUCAGUUCUAUGCCAGUACCUGGAGGACCACAUUGUCCGAGUCUUGCCUCAACUGAUUGAGUCCUUGGACACGAGAAUCGCUGCGGUCAAGUCCUCUCUGGGGGAACUCGGACCCCAUCGGGCAACUCGUGACGAGCGUAUGCAAUAUCUUAUUCGAAUCAGCAGACGCUAUGGUCAACUCGUCAAGGAUGCUUUGAAUGGCGAUUACUCGGAUUCUUUCUUCCACAAAAGUGAGCCAGCAAAAAGGCUUAGGGCCACAACGAUGGCGCUCACGGAUGAUUUCGAACAUGCAAUGCGCACACGAGGUCACAUGUUUGAGAUCUCGUUUUCCCCCCCUUUAUCAGAAGCUUCAGAUGGACCACGGCGCAUUAGCAGAACCGAUGCGCUCGUCAAAGUCGGUAAGCUCCUAGAGGGCUAUCGGGGACCAGAGUUGCCAUUUCUCUUCAACCCACGCCUAGUGGGAGAACUGUUCAAAGAGCAGUCCCAGAAAUGGUCGAUAAUGGCCUCUGAGUACACUGGUCAUAUAUGUCGUGCCGUCAGAACAUUCCUGCGGAAAGUUGUUGAAUCGAUCUGUCCCUCAACCGGACGGACGGCCGAACUCAUUCUCCGUCAUGUCUUUGAUGACGCUGUAUACGACAGUCAGGAAAAACUGAAUAAGAAGGUGCUCGAAUUAUUCGCCCCGUACACCAGUUCAUUCUUGUUUUCUACGAGAGGUCGACUACAGGCAAGUAUGAAGACAGUAGAAAAUCAAGAUGAGCCGUUUGCCAAAGCCGACGCUACAACAAGAAGUCGACCGCGUUCUUCUAAUCUUGAGAGCCCAGGCUCGGACAACGAUACUCGCCUCAAAUUACUUCAGUGCUCGAGGGCAUAUUACAAUGUAGCUCUUGAGACCUUCAUUGAUAAUGUCGUCGUACUCGGCGUUGAGUCCUGCCUGCUCUCGAAACUGGAGGAGAUGUUUUCUCCCGAAACGGUAGCACGGAUGGGAGAGGAUAAGCUACAAUUGCUCGGGGGCGAAUCCGCAGAAAUGAUAUCUGAACGCAGAGACCUUCAGGCGCAAUUAGAGACACUCGAGGCGGCUCUGAAAAAUUGUCGCAGGCACGCAAGCAGAGAGUUUGGCUUUGGAAGUGACGAAAAGGAAUCGGGGACAAGAUCGUUGCUAAGCGCCCAAAGUGUGUUCACGCCACGAGGGCUCAAUGACGGCAAAGCGAACCAGAUCACAGGCGCUGCUGAGCCAGCGGCUCGUUCCGAGACUCGACAGCAAAAGCCAUUACCUACUUUAGCCGUUAGCAACGAGAAAGACUCGCCACAGGUCCAAACACUCAGCCGCACAAUGCUACCGUCUAGCGAACGAACGAGGGCAUCUCCUGUUCCAAUUAGCACUGAGACCCAAAAGAACGUUUCUGAAACCCCAAAACGAAGAUUCGCUUUUCUCAGCUCUGACAGGCCUUGGAUCGGAAGUGGCUCCUGGGUCAAGCGGACUUUCUGGGCCAACAACAUCUUUUGGGACAUCAGCGGUUCCUGGGUCCUUAUUUUGGACAGUGCAGUCUUCUGGAUCCCCACUUGGGGCAGUACAGUCUUCUGGAUCCGCAAUUGGGUCAUUACAGUCUUCUGGAUCCCUAUUUGGGCCACGACAGUCUUCUGGAUCUCCAUUUGGAACAUCGCAGUCUCUUGGAUCUAA